GUUAGUGUAAAGCGGAAUAAAGAAUGAGAGAAUCUGUUCCGCCCAUCCACACAGGUGGCGCUGUUGUAUUGUUGAGCGAACCAGCGCUCAUUUCCUCACAUAAACGAAGUAGCAGCAUCUCAACCAACGACAACAAAACUGCUGCAAGUUCAAACUUAGAGACACGAGCGCAAAGAGAGAGUGCUGUCAAGAGAGGCUGUCAAGACAUUGUCAAUAUGGAUGAUAUGGAGGAUGACACCACAAUCUUCUCAACGCUGAAAUCUUUCAAGAGUUUGAUAUCAUGUCCAGAGCGCUCUUUACUGGAGACUGAGCCAGCCUUUGGAAGAAGUGGCCUUCAGAAUCUCUAUACUAAAAGAGUGGAGUUGGAGGAGGCUGCAGAGCGCGUCCGUUCUCACACUAGCCUGCUGCAGCUCACUCAAGAGAAACAACAGAUGGAGGUCAGUCACAAACGGGCCCGUAUAGAGCUGGAGAAAGAGGCGAACAGCAGCUCCAGAGACUUACAGAGGGAAAUUGACCGUAACAGGGAGUUACUGUUGAAGAUCAAACGUCUGGAAGAAAGAGAGGAGAAAGCAAAUCAAGCUCUAAAUGAACAAAUGGAAAACAACAAGGCUUUAAAGCGUAACUUUGAGGAACUCCACAAGAAAGCAAAUGAAAAAGACAGCAAACUUGCUGAGGCAGACCAGAUGAUCAGUGAGUUGAAAGAUGAGACACGAAGGCUCAGUCAACAGAUCCAGAUUCAGGAGUCCAAAUUCUCCACCCAGAACCUGGAGAUCCAGGCCCUGCAGGAACAACUGGAUGUGCAGCGCAAGAAGUUCCAGGAUGUCAGCCAGAGGUACCAAAAUCUGCAGUCAUCUCAUUCCACCGGCACAGAGAGUGAACUCAAGAUGAAGGAGUUGGAGAGGCGUUUGGCUCUUCAGGAGCAAGACUCUGUGAUUGUGAAAAACAUGAAGUCUGAAGUGGCCAGACUGCCUGAAAUGGAGCGGGAAAUUAAACGUCUGCGGGAGGAAAAUUCUUUCUUAAGAGAGACAAAAGAGAACAACAGUCUGCUGAGAGAAGAGACUGAGGGGUUGAGGAGGAAGUUGGAGAGAAUGGAGAGAGUAAUGGAGGAGAAACUGAAAGUAGAGUUGCAGAAAGAGAAACUGGAGCAUGAGCUGCAGGCUUGGGAAAACAUUGGCCAGUCUACAGGACUUAAUAUUAGGAAACCUGAGGAUUUGUCCAGAGAGGUCAUACAGAUUCAACAGCGAGAAUUGAACCUGAAACAGCAGAACUACACACUCAAUAGCAGCAUUCGCUCUGUGGAGAAGGCCCGCACUGAGCUCAUGCCCGAGAUCGCUCAACUGCGAGCCAAAGCUCAAGAAGAACAGAAGAAACGAGAGAACCAGGAUUCGCUUGUCCGUCGCCUGCAGAAGAGAGUCCUACUGCUCACCAAGGAGCGCGAUGGAAUGAGGGCCAUAUUAGAGUCGUACGACAGCGAGCUGGCCACAAGUGAAUACUCCCCUCAGCUCAUGCUCCGGGUCAAGGAGGCAGAGGACAUGCUGCAGAAAGUCCGGACACAUAAUACAGAGAUGGAGACUCAACUGUCUAAAGCCCAGGAGGAGGCAGGCACCUUCAAAUUACAAGCUCAGAUGGUGACUGCUGAACUUGAGGCACUGAAAGAGCAGCAGGUGUCUAAUGCAGAGAAAAACACCUUAGCAACAGCAGAGGAAGUCAGCUCUCUCAGGCAGAAGAUCGAGGAAUUGGAGGCAGAACGUCAGCAGCUGGAAGAGCAAAACAACAUUCUGGAGAUGAGACUAGAGAGGCAUAACCUCCAGGGAGGCUAUGAUCCUGUCAAGACAAAGGUGAUCCACCUGCAAAUGAACCCAACCAGCAUCGCAAAGCAGCAGCGCACUGAAGAGGUGGAACAGCUGAGGGUGGAGUGUCAACGCUUGAGGGAACGACUCCGGAAAAUUGAGGCGGGUGGUGGCAUGACAACAGAUGACACUACUCUCAUCAUCCCACCUUCACAGGAAAUACUGGACUUGCGCAAGCAGAUGGAAAGUGCAGAACUGAAGAACCAGCGCUUGAAGGAAGUGUUCCAGAAGAAGAUUCAAGAGUUCCGUACUGCGUGUUACGUUCUCACUGGGUACCAGAUUGACAUCACCGUGGAGAACCAGUACCGGCUCACUUCUGUGUACGCCGAGCAUAUGGAGGAUUCAUUACUGUUCAAGUCUACUGGUUCAGUGGGCAGCGGAAGCAUGCAGCUGUUGGAGACAGAUUUCUCCCGCACUCUAACUGGAUUGGUAGAUCUGCAUCUCUUCCAUCAGAAGAGCAUCCCAGUGUUCCUCAGCGCGGUCACCAUCGAGCUGUUCAGCCGCCAGACUGUCACCUGAUUUACCUGUCAUUGCUCGACCACACAGUGUUCAGGGAACUCUCUCACACACGCACACUCACACACAGCAAGACACUGACACCUACAGAACUCCUGGCUGUGACAAGCUGAUCAUUUUUAAUUUGCAUUUUUUACGGAUUAAACGUUUCAUAGUUGAAGGUCAUCAAAGCAUGACAAUUUAUAUGGCAGCAUUUGAGUAUUAUAGUGAUUACGGUGUAUUUUUCUUUUACUUUUAAUGCUGUAAACCCACACUGUGUUUAAGAAACAGAUUAACACAUUUGCAAAAGAAACCUUAAGAUGUGCAGACCUCUUUUUACAAACAUCAUCUUUCGUGGCAGUUUAUUUGCCUGUAUUGAAGAAAAAAAUAAAGACGUAUUAAACUUU